AUGGCUAGCCAAUCUAGCAAGAUUUUGAUCAUAGGAGGAACAGGGUUUAUAGGAACGUUCAUGGUGAAAGCGAGUGUUAAGGCUGGCCACCCCACCUUUGUACUGGUUCGAGAGUCCACUAUUUCUGACCCAACCAAAUCAGCCCUCAUUCAAAAAUUCAAGACAUUAGGUGUCAACCUUGUUUUGGGAGAUGUACAUGACCAUCAGAAUUUGGUUAAGGCAAUAAAGCAGGUAGAUGUGGUGAUUUCCAAUGUGGGUCUCAUGGAAAUUCGCCAUCAAUAUAAGAUCAUUUCUGCCAUUAAAGAAGCAGGAAACGUUAAGAGGUUCUUUCCUUCGGAGUUUGGAAAUGAUGUGGAGAGGACACAUGCAGUGGAUCAGGCAAAGGUAUUAUUUGACACAAAGGCCCAAAUUCGUCGAACCAUUGAAGCUGAAGGAAUUCCCUAUACCUUUGUGGUGUCUAACUUCUUUAUUAGACACUUCCUACCCACUUGGUCACAAAUUGGAGCUAAAGAUUCUUCAAUAAAUAAAGUGAUUAUUCUUGGGGAUGGAAAUACCAAAGUUGUUUUUAAUACGGAAGAAGAUAUUGCCACUUAUACCAUCAGAGCUGUUGAUGAUCCAAAAACAUUGAAUAAAAUUAUGUACGUCAGAAACCCAGCCAACACUAUGUCUUACAAUGACUUAAUAUCUCUCUGGGAGAAGAAAACUGGUAAGACUCUUAAAAGGAUCUAUGUUCCAGAGGACCAAAUUUUGAAGAUCAUUGAAGAGUCUUCAUUUCCUAAUAAUAUGGGCCUGGCAAUUUGUCUCGCUUCAUACGUAAAGGGAGAUCACAUUAACUUUGAAAUUGAGCCCUCUUUUGGAAUAGAAGCUAUAAAGCUCUACCCUGAUGUCAAAUACAUCACCAUGGAUGAGUUCCUUGAGGAAAAUAAAGCUUGCACGCCAUUUUAUUUAAACAAGUAUAUGCCACCUAGUUAUUUCCAGGGCUUUUAG